CUGUCCGUCACCUGAUAACCCCGCCUUCUCCGUCUUGACAGCGACGAUAAAUAGGACAUGUACCUCAGCAGUUUGCAACGAUACAGCCACUUAGCUAGCUAAUUAGCUAGCUUAUAUAUUCUCGGACUUUAUUGUCCACGUUAAUAAUUGGCUCUUAAUGGUUUGAUUUAUCAUAAACUACAGCAUAUAUGUAGUUAAUUGGUCAUUUCAAUGGCGCUCAAUGGCCACCAGCGCGACGAUGAGACUAUCGACGAAGACGAAACGCCCACGAAGCAGCCGAGGUCCAACAAGGAGAUGCCCGGUUAUUUCAGAAACGAGCCCAGCGGUGAGGCAGCCGCGCCCGCCGGAAGAGCCACAUCCGACCGGCGGUCCUCCAACGCGACGACGAGGCAUCGGAGCGACUCGGUGAAGAAAACAAGGCCGCCAUUUCCCUGGUUUGGGAUGGACAUUGGAGGCACUCUGGUGAAGCUGGUGUACUUCGAGCCCAAAGACAUCACAGCAGAGGAGGAGCAGGAAGAGGUGGAGAACCUGAAGAGCAUCCGGCGCUACCUGACCUCAAACACUGCCUAUGGCAAAACAGGCAUCAGGGAUGUGCACCUGGAGCUGCAGGACCUUAUGCUGUGCGGCAGGACAGGCAACCUGCACUUCAUCCGCUUCCCCACGCACGACCUGCCGGCCUUCCUGCAGAUGGGCCGCAACAAGCACUUCUCCAGCCUCCACACCACCCUGUGCGCCACCGGAGGGGGGGCGUACAAGUUUGAGUCUGAUUUCCGCACGAUGGCGGACCUGCAGCUUCACAAGCUGGAUGAGCUGGACUGUUUAAUUCGAGGGGUGUUGUACAUCGACUCGGUGGUGUCCAGCGGCCCCUCUGAGUGCUACUACUUUGAAAACCCCACAGACCCAGAUCACUGCAUCCAGAGGCCCUUACACCUGGAAAACCCCUAUCCUCUGCUGCUGGUCAACAUAGGUUCUGGGGUCAGCAUCCUGGCCGUCUACUCAGAGAACAACUACAAACGAGUCACUGGGACCAGCCUCGGUGGUGGGACCUUCCUGGGCCUGUGUUGCCUGCUGACUGGCUGCUCUACUUUCGAGGAAGCCCUAGAAAUGGCUUCUCAGGGGGAGAGCACCCGCGUGGACAAGCUGGUUCGGGACAUUUAUGGAGGAGACUAUGAGAGGUUUGGACUGCCAGGCUGGACUGUAGCCUCAAGUUUUGGCAACAUGAUGUCUAAAGAGAAGAGGGAGUCUGUGUCCAAAGAGGACCUGGCCAGGGCAACGCUGGUCACUAUCACCAAUAACAUUGGCUCCAUCACCAGGAUGUGUGCUCUCAAUGAGAACAUUGAGAGAGUGGUAUUUGUUGGGAACUUCCUAAGAGUGAACACUCUCUCCAUGAAGCUAUUGGCCUAUGCCAUGGACUACUGGUCCAAAGGCCAGCUCAAAGCACUCUUCUUACGACAUGAGGGUUACUUCGGAGCAGUUGGAGCCCUGUUAGAGCUUCUGCAUCCGUCCUAAUCCGUCCAAACUACAUCCAAAGAAGUCAAUCUGCUGCAAAGACCAUUAGCACUUUAGACUGUUCAGAAUCAGUUGCAUGAUGGGAUGUUACGCCAGCCACUGGCCAGUUACUGGUAAAUCUUGGUUGUGGCAGACUAAACUGUCAACAUUCAGACAUCCUAUUAUGUUUGAGCUUGUUUGUAAACUGGUGAAAGUGACUUCUAAGUUUUGACACACAUCUGCUGUCGUGGUCAGUGGAUGGAAGUCCAGUUUUCCUUGCCCUGACCAAGGUUGUGUUAGGCAGCAAAAUGAGCCAGGUUUGGUCUAAAACAUCUCAAGGAAAUUCACCACGGUUGCCUGAAAUAAUACUUGUCAUCACGUAAUGUUGUCUUGUGGACUGCAGUUACCCCUCAGUGGGUUUCAGGUCCUGGUCCAAAUAUUUACAAGUACUCUAUAGAGUUUAUUUUACCUUACUUAUGUACCAGAUGGAUGGGAUUUUGAUUGCUGUAAUUAGGAUGUAAAGACAACCAAAGACUUCACACUAGAAAAGUAUGGACGUGAGGUUGUGACACAAACCAUAAACAAGUAAUUAUUUUCAUUAUUCUAUAAAAUGUCAAAGAACUGCAAAAAACUGCCCAACACAAGUUUCCAGAGCCAAAGAUUACUUUUCUUAAAAUGCUUGUUCAGUCUCUAAACCCAAAUAUACUGAGUUUACUAUCAUAAGACAAAAAUAAGAGAAAGACAUUUUGACUUCUUUCUUCAAAAUUAAAAUUAAGAAAUCAUCACGUUGCUGAUUCAUUUUCUGUCGACUUAUUGUUACAUCAUUUUGCACUGUAAUGUGAUCGACAUCAUGUCACUGUCCUGAUGACACUCCCAUCCACCUGGUACUCUCGUUAAGUUAAAACACUGCAGACCUUUCACGACCACUUAUUGUUAGUGUUUUAUUAUCUGUGAGCAUUUAGUCAUCGUCACUAAUUGGAUUUGAAACGAUUCACUUAAGUUUCAGUCUCUUUUAACUGACACCAUAAUCAGUAUAAAUGCACGAGAGGUCACUGUUGUAUCAGGCUUAUUCUUUAAUGGAGACAGUAACUGUUACAGUUUGAGAAUUUAUAUAAUGUGCAGUUUUGCCUCUAUAAAUGAUAAAUAUUGUUACAUUUCCCAGUUAUGAUCUCAGUGCUUGUUAUGUUUAUGAACCCAGUUGUUUUUUGUUGUUGUUUUUCCUUUACAACAGUGCUGGUAUCAGGAAAUCUGGACAGUCUUUGACCAGGUUAGUUAGACUGUACUGAUGAGUGAUAAAUUCUAGUCCAUUUCUGACUCUAAAAAUCUGCCCUGCUGAUGUGCCAUUGAGCCACUGCAGCUGUCUACUUGUAGAGAGAAAUCAGAGCAAGUGCAGAGAUAGAUAUUGAUAAAUGUGCAUGGCAAAUGGAGGUAAACACUGGGGCAUUAUAUCCUUGAAGCUCUUUUAAUGCAGAAACGUGAUGCAUCCCUCCAAUGGAGAUUUUAAAACUCUAUGACUCCAGAUCAGUUCUGUCUGUGUUUAGUGUGCGCAGUCUGUACUUAAAUAUCUGUGUUUUGAAUUUAAUGUAGAUCUUGGUCAAUCAGUCUUCCCAAGGCUUUUGUUUUUAAGAGGCACAGAACAAGGUUGAACUUGAAGACAAUUUAACCUUGUGUCUUUUAAGUGUUAUCUGUCCCAUCAUUUCAGUUAAAGCUUAUCCGUCCCAUUUUAAUGUCACCUGUUUGUUCAGUCAUUAGUCCAUUAAUGGAUUACACAGGGACCAUAAUGAAACUACCUAACGAAGGUAUUUGAUUCACUAAAUAGUUGGAAUUUGAGUGGACUCAGUUUUUCAGCUGUCAGUCUCUAGAGGUAAUGUAUCUGCAAGCUGUAUAUACAGGAAGCUGAUUUUAAAUUAAGUGCCUGUCAUGUUUUUGUAUCAGAUACAAUAAUGUGUUCAGCAAUGUGAUUUAAAACAAUACAAACUGAUUUGUAAUUCUCAAGAUUUCCCUUUACUGUUUGCUUGUACAUUGCAAAGAAAACUUUGUAAAUUUUUUUGUAACAGACUAAUUUCAAGUUUCUUAUUGAAGGUUCCCUAUUAAAUAUAAACUUUUCAUAUC